AUGUCGAACAUUCAACUGCAAUGCCUUCUGGGGAUUCAAGGCAAGGAUUUCGUAAUGAUUGCUGCCGAUCAGACAAAUAGCCACAGUAUUAUGGUCAUGAAGGAUGAUGAAGACAAGAUCUACAAAAUAUCGGAUAAACUUGCUAUGGGUAUAAUUGGGGAUUCUGGUGACACCAACCAAUUUGCGGAAUAUAUUGCAAAAAAUAUUCAGUUGUACAAAAUGCGCAACAGUUAUGAAUUAGGUCCUUCUGCAGCGGCUAAUUUUACGCGUAGAAAUUUGGCUGAAUACCUCAGAAGCAGUACACCAUACUUUGUGAACAUAUUAAUGGGUGGAUAUGAUAAGGAGAAUGGUCCUGAGUUAUACUUUAUGGACUAUUUGGCAUCUAGUAUAAAAGUACCAUUUGCAGCCCAUGGUUUUGGAGGUUUCCUCAGUUUGAGUAUCAUGGACCGUCAAUAUAAGAAAGAUUUAACAGAACAAGAAGCAUAUGACAUAUUAAAAUUAUGUGUUCAAGAGGUCCACAGACGUCUGUUUGUCAGCUUACCAAACUUCCAGGUCACAGUCGUCAAUAAGGAUGGUGUCAGAGCUUUGCCUGUUCUUAACUCAAAAUCUUUACAAUAA